AUGGGCUACCGGGCUCACCCACCAUCUCGUACCAUCAUGCUAGACGACCUUGUAUUCUCUCCACUGCUGCAACGUACAUAUGCCUCCACGGAAGCGCACUAUCUCCUGCUCUGUCAUUUGUUCGAAGCACAGAAAAUAGCAUACUGUAGAGUCUGGUGCAAGUCCAAUACACUCAAUGUCAAGUCUCGGAAGCAUACGGAACGGAUGGGUUAUAAGUAUGAAGGCACGCUUCGCAAGGACAAUGUAACCCGGUGGGGCACCAGUCGGGAUUCGGAUUGCUUGAGUAUGUUAGACGAGGAGUGGCCACUAAACAAAAGAGUGUUGCAAACGUGGUUGCUUGCGACCAACUUUGACGCCGAUGGGAGACAGAUUAGAUCACUCCAAGAGGUGAGGGAUCAGCAGGCGAGUAGCUCACUCUAG